AUGAUUAAUGAAUAAACUAUUUAAGAUAUGGUACCUUAUAUAUGGCCGGAAGAUUAUGAUGAUAGACUUCAAUUUAGUUUGGAUUUGAAAAUACAAUUUGAAAAUUUCAUAAUUUCAAACCCUAAACUUAAGAAUUAUGUAUUAUAGACUAUGUAGAAAAUUUCAGAAGAAGCUCCAUAUUUAGAUUUAUUUGAUAUAUUCAAAAUUGAGAAGGAGAGAACUCAUAAAUUAUACAAAGUUCUCUACUCUCUUCACUCCAAUAACAAUACAUAAAUUGAUUUCAAAUAACCAGUUCCUAAUAAAACUCUAUAAAAAUUACUAUCUGAUUCCUAUAGAUUGUUUAAUAGAAGCAUCUUAGAUUAUUAAUGCAAACUUAUAUCCUAUGCAAAGUACUAAAAAAUAGCUGUUUCAUUAUUAAAAAAAUCCAUCAAUCAAAUGUACAUAGAUUAUAAUACUAUAAAUUUUGUUUGUUCUUGUGCUACUAAAUAGUGUAUUACUUUAAAUAGAUUAUGGAAAGAUUAUGAUGAUACUGGUGAAAAAUAUAAGAAAUUAAAAGUAUCUCUUCAAAAAUUGGAAUAAAUGUAAAAGCCUGAUGAUCUUACUCAUUAUUUUAAUAGAUAAUAACUCAUACUUAUAUAUACACUUUUUAGUCUAAUGUAAUGUGAAUAAACAAUUGCUAUCCAAUUAGGUGAAUAGUAUUUACCUUUUUAAUACAUACCUCCUUAAACUCACUUUGAAGAGUAAACAUAAGAUUUCACUUGGAAUAUAAAUGGAUUUUCUUAAAUUAGAGAUUAUUUUCCUAAAUUAGCACAUAAACUCAACAAAAAAAUGAAACUACUCAAAGACCUUCCUUUAUUCACUAUUUAAGAACGUAUUAAAAUUUAUUAAUAUACAUAACACCAAUUAGGAUAUAAAUAAAUUGAUGAUAUACAUAUAAAUUUAUAACAAAAAAUAAUUGAUAUCCUAAAUUAUAGAUAAAUAAACUGUGAAGUAGAAUUAAUUCUACUAGUUGCAAAUGCAAAGUGUUAUACAUAAAUACUCUAUUCAUUGAUAUGA